GCGGCUGCGAGGAGGAGCGCGCACUUAAAACCAAAAAGUGUCCAUCAAAGCAAACAGUGGAGGAGAAAACCCGAUCCAACAAGGGCUCAGCAGACAGAGGAAGAAGAAGUGAUGGAGCACUCCAAACAGACUCAGUACAGCUCAAACGAGAAGAAAGACACCGGGGACGGCGGCUCCGUGCUCAACGGACACUUUGACGGGAUGGUGAAGCGGCCAGCCGGCGGCACCGUGCGCGCAUCCGCUCCCCAGCCUCUUGGCGCGGAGUGCGGCUCGCACCGGUCGGCCGCCUCGGUGAUGGAGAGCUGGAGGGAGGAGCGCACCAGGAGCGUGGAGGACAACGAGAUGAGCCUGCCGUCCCUGGCCGCCGCUUACACCACCAUCCUGCGGGGGCUCGGGGAGGACCCGCAGCGGCAGGGGCUCCUCAAAACCCCCUGGAGAGCCGCCACCGCCAUGCAGUUCUUCACCAAGGGCUACCAGGAGAAAAUUAUCGACGUGCUGAACGACGCCAUCUUUGACGAAGACCACGACGAGAUGGUGAUCGUCAAAGACAUCGACAUGUUCUCCAUGUGUGAACAUCACCUGGUGCCCAUCUUCGGCAGGGUUCACAUCGGCUACCUCCCCAACAAGAGAGUUCUGGGUCUCAGCAAGCUGGCCAGGAUUGUUGAAAUCUACAGCCGUCGACUACAAGUUCAGGAGAGGUUGACCAAACAAAUUGCCGUGGCGAUCACCGAGGCCCUGCAGCCCACCGGGGUCGGCGUAGUCAUCGAGGCAACUCACAUGUGUAUGGUGAUGCGAGGCGUUCAGAAGAUGAACAGUAAAACCGUCACCAGCACCAUGUUGGGAGUUUUCAGGGAAGAUCCAAAAACCCGGGACGAGUUCCUGACGCUGAUCAGGAGCUGAGGAGGAUGAAGCUCCUCCUCUUCCUCCUCCUGUUGCCUGAGGUUACCUCCACCUGUGUGUGUGUGUGUGUGUGUGUGUGUGUGUGUGUGUGUGUGUCUACGAGUGUGUGUUUUCAUCUCAACCAAAGGCAGUGACAGAGUGUUUUCUGGGUUUUAGCGUUACCAUGGCGACGUGUUGUUUACUCUCAGACGGCGGGACAGACUUUAACCCCCCUUUUUGUCCACGUGUGUCGUGCGUGCUCAUUAAUCAAAUAUCAGUUAUUGGCCUCAGAUACAGAAGGAGAGUUUAAAACUUCAAUCACCAGAAUAAAAUAUCAAUCAGCAGCUACAGUCGAGUUUAAACGCUCUUUAAGCAGAUUGUGUCUCAAAUAACAACAAAAAUGUAGAAAUUUGCAGGUAAAAUCAGAAAUGUAGGGAAGCCCAGACAGGAAAGUCUUUAUUUUUUAUUAGGGGUGUAAAGAUUUACUGAUACGAGUCAGAAAUCAGUUUUAAUGUUAUAGAUGUAAAUACGUCGGUAUGCAAAUGUUUUUGUUUUUGAGCUCGGGUGACGUUUAAUAUCAGAACUUAACAAUCCUGUAACUCUGAGACUUAAAUUAACUGGAGCCACAUUCACAAUACAAAAGUUUAAAAGUAUCUCCGAAGUGCCCGAGUUAGUACGGCCUCUGAUUUCUAAAACACAGAAUGAUGAAUAAUUCACUUUUUAAUUGAUUAUCUGAUUGACAGAAAAUUAAUUAAGUCAAAAUGCCAAAACGUUUUCACACUCUAGCUUCUGAAAUGUGAGGAUUUCUUCUUUUAUAUUGUUUUGAAUUAAAUAUAUUUAGAUUUAAAGAUUUAAUUUCUGACAUUUCAGACUAAACAUCUAAUCGAUCAACUGAGUAAAGAACUGAAAGAUGAACCGAUAAUGAAAAUAAUUGUUCUACGUAUGGCUUUAAAGGUUUUCCUCCACAGAGAAUCUCUUUGAACGUGGUUGCUGCUGUUUUUUGGUGAUGAAAGACACUUUUAACACUCUGUCACACCUCAGAAAACCUCAGUUUACAAACUCAUUUUCACUUUUGUGUCAGCUAUCAGUGGAUUUAACAGCAGAACUGAUGCAGUUUGUGUUCUAAACAAAAACACACAAAAAACCAACAAUUUAAAUGUCAAACACGAUGGAACGUAUUCUCCUUUUUUAAUUUUAAUUUCUCAACGUCUUAUUAUGUUGAUUAUUACGAUCCUGUGGAAGGAUCCGCCUGUAUGUGCCAACUCGCCUCUCCAUUCAAAAAAAAUUUAAAAAAUGACUUCACGGUGACGACGAGGCAGCCGACGGGGAGCUGCUGACCGUCUGAAACAUUUUAAUUCCCACGAGGGGCGAAUGAAAUGUGUGUAUGUUAGAGUGUGUGUGUGUGUGUGUGUGUGUGUUUUCAUCCCAGCAGAUGAACAGUGUGGAGACAAGUGUGUGUGUGUGUGUGUGUGUGUGUGUGUGUGUGUGUGUGUGUGUUGUUUAGUACCUUUGUGUUUACUCGUGUAGCAUAUUUUUGCAUUUCAAUGCAUCAUUAUGUCCCCAGACACAUUUUGGGAGGUUUUAAUUUGUGUCAUGUGGUGACAGGAGUGGUGUGUGUGUGUGUGUGUGUGUGUGUGUGUGUGUGUGUGUGUGUGUGUGUGUGUGUGUUGGGGGGAAGAUGAGCGCUAACAAACGGCUCUGAUGUUGUUUUUUUGUGGCCUUGUUGAGAAGGACGGCCUGUUCUUUGGCCCCUUCACCAUCAUUGUCACUUUAUGUACUGUGUUCAGUUCAAAUACUUUUUAAUCAAAGAAAAUAAAUCUCUAUGUGACAUCGA